UUGUGUUCUUCUUUCUUCUUCCAUUGUAUGUACUUUCUCUCUCCUUUUUCUGUGUACUCUGAACCAAAAACACAACCUCACCUUCUUCCACCUCCACCUCCACCUCCACAUCCACAAUCCCCAACACCCACUACUUCCCCUCACUCAUUUCGCCGCCCGGACCACUAAAGCCGGCGUCUUUACACUCGCCGGAGUCCCACCAGAAGAAACCGGAUCGGAUCCGGGCGUGUAUGUGCGCCAUUUUCCACCACCACUUGAAAAAGCUGCAUUUUUGUUUGUGUGUUGUGAAAGAAGAAGAAAGAGGAGUGAAGAGAAGAAGACAAUGUACAAGAACCAGCUUCAGGAGCUGGCACAGCGAAGCUGCUUCAACCUCCCUUCGUACACGUGCAUAAGGGAGGGUCCGGAUCACGCGCCGCGCUUCAAAGCCACCGUUAACUUCAACGGUGAAGUCUUCGAGAGCCCACACUACUGCUCAACUCUCCGCCAGGCCGAGCACUCCGCCGCUGAGGUCGCUCUCAACUCCCUCUCCCACCGUGGACCCUCUCACUCCCUCGCCGCCAGGAUCCUCGAUGAAACUGGAGUAUACAAGAAUCUCUUACAGGAGAUCGCGCAAAGGGUAGGUGCUCCAUUGCCACAGUACACAACAUACAGGUCGGGACUCGGACAUCUACCUGUUUUCACCGGGACAGUUGAGUUGGCUGAUAUCACAUUUACCGGCGAACCUGCCAAGAACAAGAAGCAAGCGGAGAAAAAUGCAGCAAUGGCAGCCUGGUCCUCUUUAAAACAAUUGGCAAAAGAAACUGCAAGCUCUUCAACCGAACCAGAGAAUAUCGACGAGCUAGAACAGAUCACAAUUGCUCGGGCCUUAUUAAACUAUCGGCAAAAAGAGAAGCUGGCUAUGUCACACCCAGAUGCUUCAAUUCCAUUUCCAAAGAAGUUUCAAAUUCAAAGUCCCAGGCCAACUAGUCCUCAAUCACGACCUGCCGCGGCAUCUAAGAUACUUCCCUUGAUUUUCCCGAGGACAUCCUCUCGAAGCAGGCCUUCCUUUGCAACACCGAACGAAAGCUCUCGAAGCAGGCCUGCAGUAGUGACAACAGCUUCCGGUGAGAGUUCCAUGAUCUCACCACCAUCUUCUAUGUUAGAAAGCCGAGUGAACCGUCGACCAAGGUUCCCUGCAGCUGGAGCAGCACCUUAUGUUCCCAUAGGACAGAUGAGAUUACCUUGCCGAGGCGUUGCCCCUCCGGUGACCAUAAGGACAGCAGUACCUGUAUUCUCUGCACCACCCCUUCCACCACCCGGUGCACUCUCUCAUCAACCAAUGCGGGCUCCUCCUUUGCGAGCCGCCCCUCCAGUCACUAUUCAGCAAGCUGUUCCUGUAUUUUCUGCUAAAGACAAACCUGUUACUGAUCCACCAGUUCAAAAAGAUGAACCACUCAUUGCUCUGCCAGUCCAAAAAGACGAACCGAUCAUUGCUCCGAAAGACGAUUCGCCGAACAUCACAACCACAAGCAUUACUCCAGUUAGCCAAGAAACCAAAGAAGAGGCGAAAGCCGAGGAGACAGAUGCUGCCGUUCCACCGGAAUCCGAGACAGUGCCGAGCUUGGAGCAGCUGAAGAUUUGAAGCUAAUUGGAAAAAGGUCUUAGAGAGAGUCAGUGGGAGAUUUGAUCUGGUUCUCAUAUGGCAAUGCAAUGAGUAGUGUAAUAUCAUCAUCAUGAUCCCCUUCCUUUUGACCUUUGUUGACCCCAUUUUGUUCUGUUAAAAUUUGAGAAAUUGGUGCAUGUUAGUAGCCAGCAUCAGCAGUCACAUAUCUGUGAAAUUUAAGCGCAGGUUAGCAUAUAAUUUGCUCCCUUUUUAUUUUUACUUUUUAGAAAUAUUCUUAUGUCGAAAUAGUAUCAUUAUGCCUUAAAAUAGUGUCAGCUAGCUUCAUUUUUU